AUGGCUCAUGGGAAGAAGCCAGGGAAGAUCACCAGAAUCCUGGGGCCCAGCCCUCCAUCCUGCCCUGGCCACGCUGGAUUCAUAGAGAAGAAGCCAGGGACUAUUAGAAGAAUAUUGGCCCCCAGCCCUCCGCCCAGGCCGGGUCCCACAGGAUCCACAGAGGAGUCUAAUGAAGAACCUCAUAAUGAAGGCCCUCAGAAAGAAAGCCCACAGAGUUUUAGGAGUAAGGGCCCUCCGCCCUGCCCUGGCCCCCCAUCCACAGGGGAGCCUACUGACGAAGAACCCCAGAGUCUGAGCAGCAAAGGCCCAACUGAAGGACCUCGUAAUGGGCCCUGGAGUCUGAAGAGUGAGGGCCCUCCUCAGCACUCUCAGAGCGCCAGCAAUGAGGAGCUGGACAAUAACAACGGCGAGAGGAACCCUGGGCCUGCAGCAGCUGUCCCUGUCCCUGUCCCUGUCCCUGUCCCUGUCCCUGUCCCUGCAACACAGGCCCACCCAACCCAAGACCACAGCCACCUGACUCAGGCCCAGGACUACCCUCGGCAGCCAGAUGCCCAGGCCCAGCCCCGACAGCCCCAGCAGCAUUGCAGAGAGAGUCCAACCAGCCCCAGCACCAGGCCCACCUCUGACUCCCCAUCCAGCCAGGAGAGCGAGCCCAGGGCUGUUAAACCAGCACCUGUUUUUACCAGUGCCAGUCCUAACCACCCGUGUCAGAUUAGUCCCACCAGUGCCAGUCCUAACCACCCGUGUCAGAUUAGUCCCACCAAUUCACCUCUUCCUGUCCCUCCUAGAGCUAGUGUCUUGCUGAACCAGCCCAGUGACACCACCAGCCCUGACAGCAUGGAUGAGGAGGAGGAGGAGGAGGAGGAGGAGGAGGAAGAGGACAGCUGCUCAGAGUACGACAACGUGGGUUCGGACGUGGAGGUUGCGGAGCAAGACAUUGAUCAGGUGCUACAUGUGGAAGACCAGGGCAUGAAGGUGAGGUAUGACAGCCACGACCCUGAGCCUCAGGAUGGAGGCUAUGUAGAGAGGGAGGAUGGCAUGUACGUGGAACACCAAGACAGAACCUACGUGGAACACCAAGACAGAACCUACGUGGAACACCAAGACGGAACCUACAUGGAACACCAAGACGGAACCUACGUGGAAUGUGAAGACAGAACUUACAUAGAACACGAAGACGGAACCUAUGUGAAACUCCAAGACGGAACCUACGUGGAACACCAAGACGGAACCUACGUGGAACACCAAGACGGAACCUACGUGGAACAUCAAGACGGAACCUACGUGGAACACCAAGACGGAACCUACGUGGAACACCAAGACGGAACCUACGUGGAAUGUGAAGACAGAACUUACAUAGAACACGAAGACGGAACCUACGUGAAACUCCAAGACGGAACCUACGUGGAAUGUGAAGACAGAACUUACAUGGAACACGAAGACGGAACCUACGUUGAAAGUGAGGAUUGUACCUAUUGCCCCAAGGAUGCUACCUAUGUAGAAGGUGUGGAGGGUACCUAUGUGGAGGAUAGUGUGAAGGGGAACAGCCUGGAGGGGAACAGCCUGGAGGGGAACAGCCUGGAGGGGAACAGCCUGGAGGGGGAUGGCAGCGGCACUGGACAAUACAAACCCACCAGGUCUGAGUCUGAGGAAAUGGUUAUGUAUGAUGAAAGACUACGGCAGGAGACAGAUGCAAAUCCCUGUAGCUCUUCUGAGAAUCAGUUCAGUGACAAUCCAUGUCAUCAUCCCCUCAAGGCUGGAGACGAGGAGGAGGAUGAGGGGCAGGAGGAGGAGGUGGAGGGGCAGGAGGGGGAGGAGGUGGAGGAGAGGCAGGAGGGGGAGGAGGUGGAGGGGAAAGAGGUGGAGGGGCAGGAGGAGGAGGUGGAGGAGGAAGUGGUGGAGGAGGUGGAGGGCCAGGAGGAGGAGGUGGAGGAGGGACAGGAGGUGGAGGGGAAGGAGGGGGAGGAGGCGGAGGUGGAGGUGCAGGAAGAUAAUAAUUUUCCAGAUGAGACAGGAGAAACAGAGGAAGAGCGGGAUGUGACCACGUACACAGAGGAGGAUUCUGAAGAGACAGAGGACAGAGAGCAGAAAAAAUCACCCAACAGCCACCUGGAGAAUGAUGUGGAGAGGAUGAGAGAGGGAGAGAGGAUGAGAGAGGAAAAGAGGGGUGACCGAGACAGGGAGGAUGGUGAGGUCUGCAGAGUGCAGGAGCAAACCCCCAGCCGCCAGCGGAAGGAGGAGAGGAUGAGAGAUGGAGAGCAAAAGGGAGAUAGAGAGGACGAUGAUAGUGCGGAAGUUGAGGUCUUCUCUAUGGGGAACUGUAACACCCCUGAGGACAGUAAGAUCUCAGUGUGUGUCUCAGAGUCCCCACAAAGGGCCCCCUAUAGGGGUAGUGGAGGGGGAAGGGAUUGGACUUGUGAGGCCCCUCAAAGGGCCCAUAAGGAGGUGAAGAGGCAGGGGAGGGGAGGAGGACGGGGAGGGAGGAGUGGGAGGGAAGGAGGAAGGGGCUGGAGGGAGACUGACAGGGAGGAAGACACUGGCCAGAUAGUAUCUGAGAUAAAGGUAUGCAUGAGCAGCAGCAGCAGCUCAGAGACACAGGACUGCAGAGAGGCUGCCACCAGGCCCAGACCACCAAGACCCAGACCCAGGCCUAGGUCCGGCCCCGGCCCCGGCUCCCCACACCCUCACCAGACAGAAUUCCGCCCGAAACAGGCCUACCAGACCCACACCUACCUGACAGAGGUCCAUACCUUCACAACACAGGUCCAGAACCACCAGCUAAAGGCCCAGAGUGAUGUCCGACAGAACCAGAAGACAAAGACACAGAACUGCAGAGAAGGUGCCAUCAGACCUAGACCCAGAUCUGGCCCCAACACAACACACCCUCACCCUCCCCAGACCCCGGCCUUAAUGCAGCACACUCAGGCCCACCAGACCCAGACCCAGACCCAGUAUCGACAGGCCCAGACGACACAGGCCCAGCCCACACAGGCCCAGACGACACAGGCCCAGACGCACAAGAGACAAGCACCCUCCCACCCGACACAGGCCCACCCGACACAGGCCCACCCAACACAGGCCCAGCCUCAUCAGACCCAGACCCAGACCCAGACCCAGUAUCGACAGGCCCAGCCGACACAGGCCCAGACGCACAAGAGACAAGCACCCACCCACCCAACACAGGCCCAGCCUCAUCAGACCCAGACCCAGCAGCACCACAGAGAGAGUCCCGUCAACCCCAACCACAGCCCCACCUCUGACAGCCCUAGGCCCACCUCUGACAGCCCUAGGCCCACCUCUGACAGCCCUAGGCCCACCUCUGACAGCCCUAGGCCCACCUUUGACAGCCCUAGGCCCACCUUUGACAGCCCUAGGCCCACCUUUGACAGCCCUAGGCCCACCACUGCCUCCCCUCCCAGCCACAAGGCCCAGACACAGGACCACACUCCCCAGACCCGACAGACCCGACAGACCCAGCAGCAUUGCAGAGAGACCACCACCAGCCGGAGCCCCAGGCCUCCCUCUCCUCCCUUCCAGGAGAGCCGCCAGGUCCACACCCAGAACCAGAACCAGACCCAGCAGCCUCGCAGAGACAGCACCACCAGCCCCAGCCCAAGGCCCACUUCUGACUCCUCAUCCAGCCUGGAGAAACAUCCUAGGGCUGUAAAACCAUCACCAUUACCAUCACCAUCUCCACCAGCUUCACACCACAACGCAGAGCCACAGAGAGAGUCCCCAGAGGAGAGACAGACACGGACACAGACACACAAACAGGUAACUGCCUGAUGCUGCCAACUCCAACAGGGUUUGUUUUAUGACAGGGACCAUGUACAACAAACACUGCACCAGAUUUUUACCUACAUAGCUAAGUCUCAUCUGCAGUCCGGUCGUGUUUCUGUCUGUUUCUGUCUGUUAGUAAGAUCUCCCCUCUGCCUGUUCCAGAUGCCUCAAGACGUCUCAGAGCAGCAGCCUAGCAGGCCUCACUGCCCAGAGCCCCAGGCCCCAGAGGGGGACAGGAACAACACACCUCCGCCUGAACCAACAAAGAACAACGCCUCGUUCCCCAGCUUUGUGGAUGGUAAAUAUCAUUUCUCUGUAUAGUUCAUUGAUUCCAUACCUGAGUAAUGGACAUUUGAUUAUAUGAUAUAACCAUUUUAUGAAUCUUUUGGUCUCUGGUGUGAUGUUGUUAUAGUGCUGCAACAAAGCAAUAGGACAAUAAAGGUCGCCUGAAUGUGAAUCUGUCUGGAUCUGAGUCACAGGUUCCUGUCUUAAUAAAAUAAGUAAAUCAAUAUUUCUUAUGCCCAGUCCCAGGUCCGUGUGAGCCCGAGGACCUGAUCGAUGGGAUUAUCUUUGCUGCUAACUACCUGGGUUCCACCCAGCUGCUGUCUGACAAGAACCCAUCUAAAGGAAUACGCAUGACCCAGGCACAGGAGGCUGUCAGUCAGGUCAAGGUAUGGUGGGUGUGGUGUGGUGUGGUGUGUGGGUGGGUGUGGUGUGUGUGGGUCUGUGUGGGUGUGGUGGGUGUGGUGUGGGUGCGGUGUGGUCUGUGGGUGGAUGGGUGUGGUUGGGUGUGGUGGGUGGGUGUGGUGUGAGUGGGUGUGUGUGUGUCUGGGUGGGUGGGUGUGGGGUGGGUGGGUGUGGUGUGUGGGUGUGGUGAGGUGGGUGGGUGUUAUGUGGUGGGUGGUUGGGUGUGGUGUGGGUGGGUGGGUGGGUGUGGUGUUGGUAUGGGAGGUGGGUGUGGUGUGGUGGGUGUGGGUCGGUGGGUGUGGUGUGUGUUGGUGUGGGUGUGUUUUCUCCAAAAGGAUAGUAAAACAAGGAACAUUCUCCCUCGAGGGGACAUUUCGCAUGUCCCCAAGAGAACAAAGGCUAAUUUAAGUUUAGGGGUUAGGUUUAGGGUUACAAUUAGAGUUAGGCUUAGAAUUAGGGUUAGGGUUAGGGUAUUGUGCUGUCUUACUAACUGACCAGGCUAAUGUUAUUAUAUUAGCAUUGUGCUGUCUUACUAACUGACCAGGCUAAGGUUAUUAUAUUAGCAUUGUGCUGUCUUACUAACUGACCAGGCUAAGGUUAUUAUAUUAGCAUUGUGCUGUCUUACUAACUGACCAGGCUAAUGUUGUUAUAUUAGCAUUGUGCUGUCUUACUAACUGACCAGGCUAAGCUUAUUAUAUUAGCAUUGUGCUGUCUUACUAACUGACCAGGCUAAGGUUAUUAUAUUAGCAUUGUGCUGUCUUACUAACUGACCAGGCUAAGGUUAUUAUAUUAGCAUUGUGCUGUCUUACUAACUGACCAGGCUAAGGUUAUUAUAUUAGCAUUGUGCUGUCUUACUAACUGACCAGGCUAAUGUUGUUAUAUUAGCAUUGUGCUGUCUUACUAACUGACCAGGCUAAGCUUAUUAUAUUAGCAUUGUGCUGUCUUACUAACUGACCAGGCUAAGCUUAUUAUAUUAGCAUUGUGCUGUCUUACUAACUGACCAGGCUAAGGUUAUUAUAUUAGCAUUGUGCUGUCUUACUAACUGACCAGGCUAAGGUUAUUAUAUUAGCAUUGUGCUGUCUUACUAACUGACCAGGCUAAGGUUAUUAUAUUAGCAUUGUGCUGUCUUACUAACUGACCAGGCUAAUGUUGUUAUAUUAGCAUUGUGCUGUCUUACUAACUGACCAGGCUAAGCUUAUUAUAUUAGCAUUGUGCUGUCUUACUAACUGACCAGGCUAAGCUUAUUAUAUUAGCAUUGUGCUGUCUUACUAACUGACCAGGCUAAGCUUAUUAUAUUAGCAUUGUGCUGUCUUACUAACUGACCAGGCUAAGCUUAUUAUAUUAGCAUUGUGCUGUCUUACUAACUGACCAGGCUAAGCUUAUUAUAUUAGCAUUGUGCUGUCUUACUAACUGACCAGGCUAAUGUUGUUAUAUUAGCAUUGUGCUGUCUUACUAACUGACCAGGCUAAGCUUAUUAUAUUAGCAUUGUGCUGUCUUACUAACUGACCAGGCUAAGGUUAUUAUAUUAGCAUUGUGCUGUCUUACUAACUGACCAGGCUAAGGUUAUUAUAUUAGCAUUGUGCUGUCUUACUAACUGACCAGGCUAAGGUUAUUAUAUUAGCAUUGUGCUGUCUUACUAACUGACCAGGCUAAUUUUGUUACCCAUUAAAUGGUCAAGAUGAUGUUGUAUUUUUUUACGCAUCUCAUGUCUUGAUCUAUGGAUGGCAGUUGGUCUGUUCAUCAAUUGUCUUCUGUUAUUCCUAACAAAAGUAAGGAAAUGUGCCUUGGAGUGCACUUUCGAACCACAUGAUGGCGGUCUUUUAUUCCUUUUCACCAUGGUUUGCCCACAGAGCCAAGAUGAAGACUCUCAAAUGGUGACAGAAGUGGACCUCUUCAUCUCCACCAAGGCAGUCAAAAUGCUGAAUGCUGACUCACAGGUGUGUAACUGUGAGCUCUGACUUAAUAAAAACACUGUGUAUUACUUCUCUGUAGCACCAAGUCCGGAACUAGGCCCGGGAUUCUAUCCGAUCACGUUUGUAGACAAUGCAUCUCUUAAAGGCAAUAUUCACACGUCGGCGAAAAUCACAUACACAGUAAAUAGUCAAUGUUGGCUCAAUCAGAAAUUAACUUUAGACGUCAAGCGCCCUAUAAUGCGGAUCUAAUGCGGAUCAGAUUGAAUCCCCCCUAGGUUUAAUCUGUGUCCAGGAAACCUGCCCAAAGCUUCAUUUUAUGCUGUUUCAUAAGAUUCCUCUGUCUUGCUCCUUGUGGACAUGUUGUUGAGGACCGUCCACUCCACACAGUACUGAGUUAUUACCACAGCAGCUAUAUAUAUAUAUUAUUUAUUCCCCCAGGAGACGCUGAUGGACAGUGCGUUGCGUUCCAUCUCUUACAUCGCAGACAUCGGGAGCAUCGUGGUUCUGAUGGCUCGUACCCAUAUGUCAGGCACGUCCUCGCAGGACUGUACUGAAGCUGAUCUCUCCUCCUCAGAGGGACAGAGACAGUACAGAAUGAUCUGCUAUGUCUUCGAGUCAGAGGACGUGAGUACAAUUUGUAUUCUGGUCUGUCCUGAUUUCUGUUCUAUUCUCCCACUCGCUUCCCUUGGCAUACUGCUGAACAUUAUUGAUUUAUUGGGGCAAUGAUUUUGGUCUCUGAGAUUGAUUAUUGUUUGCCACAGUGUUCGCAGAAGAAGGUCUAUUGCUGAAUUGAAAACACCACAUUUUGUUUUUAUACAUUUCUAUACACUAUCUACAGUACAAAACUACUGAACAUAAUUUUAAAGCUUUAAAAAUGGUCAUUGCUUGUACAGAGGCCCUACUUUAUUAAUCUCUAAUGUUGGCCUUCCUAUAACGUGUUAUACACUACAUUACCAAAAUUAUGUGGACACCUGCUCGUCGAACAUCGCAUUCCAAAAUCAUGGGCAUUCAUAUGGAGUUGGUCUCCCCUUUGCUGCUAUAACAGCCUCCAGUCUUCUGGGAAGGCUUUCCACUAGAUGUUGGAACAUUGCUGCGGGGACUUGCUUCUAUUCAGCCACAAGAGCAUUAGUGAGGUCGGGCACUGAUGUUGGGCGAUUAGGCCUGGCUCGCAGUCGGCGUUCCAAUUCAUCCCAAAGGUGUUCGAUGAGGUUGAGGUCAGGGCUCUGUACAGGCCAAUCAAGUUCUUGCACACCGAUCUCGACAAACCAUUUCUGUAUGGACCUCGCUUUGUGCACGGGAGCAUGGUCAUGCUGAAACAGGAAAGGGCCUUCCCCAAACUGUUUCCACAAAGUUGGAAGCACAGAAUCGUCUAGAAUGUCAUCGUAUGUUGUAGCGUUAAGAUUUCCUUUCUCUGGAACUAAGGGGCCUAGUCUGAACCAUGAAAAACAGCCCCAGACUAUUAUUCCUCCUCCACCAAACUUUACAGUUGGCACUAGCGUUCUCCUGGCAUCCGCCAAACCCAGAUUCGUCCGUCGGACUGCCAGAUGAUGAAGCGUGAUUAAUCUCUCCAGAGAACGCGUUUCCACUGAUCCAGAGUCCAAUGGCGGUGAGCGUUACACCACUCCAGCCGACGCUUGGCAUUGCGCAUGGUGAUCUUAGGCUUGUGUUUGGCUGCUUGGCCAUGGAAACCCAUUUUAUGAAGCUCCCAACUAACAGUUCUUGUGCUGACGUUGCUACCAGAGGCAGUUUGGAACUUGGUAGUGAGUGUUGCAACCGUGGACAGACGAUUUUUAAGCGCUUCAGCACUUGGCAGUCCCGUUACGUGAUCUUGUGUGGCCUACCACUUUGCGGCUGAGCCGGUGUUGCUCCUAGACGUUUCCACUUCACAAUAACAGCACUUACAGUUGACCUGGGCAGCUCUAGCAGGGCAGAAAUGUGACGAACUGACUUGUUGGAAAGGUGGCAUCCUAUGACGGUGCCACGUUGAAAGUCACUGAGCUCUUCAGUACAGGCCACUCUACUGCCAGUGUUUGUCUAUGGCGAUUGCAUGGCUGUGUGCUCGAUUUUAUAAACCUGUCAGCAGCGGGUGUGUCCACAUACAUUUGAAGGGGUGUCCACAUACAUUUGAAGGGGUGUCCACAUACAUUUGAAGGGGUGUCCACAUACUUUUGAAGGGGUGUCCACAUACAUUUGAAGGGGUGUCCACAUACAUUUGAAGGGGUGUCCACAUACAUUUGUAUAUAUAGUGUAUCUUCAUUCAUCAUUUGGUUGGUCCUUAACCCAUCUCUGUAUUGUUGUCAACUUGAAUAGCCUGUCUCUUCCAUUGAGUAGUUUCUUCCUACCAACCCUCCCCUCCCCUCUCCCUCUCCUGCCCUCACCUCUCCUCUGCCUCUUCUCCCCAGGCCCAGCUCAUUGCCCAGUCCAUCGGCCAGGCAUUCAGCGUCGCCUACAGGGAGUUCCUCCGAGCCAAUGGGAUCAACCCUAAGGACCUGAGUCAGAAGCAAUACAGUGACAUCAUCAAUUCCCAGGAGAUGUACAACGACGACCUGGUGCAUUUCUCAAACUCUGACAACUGUAAAGAGGUGUGUGUGUGUGUGUGUGUGCGUGCGUGCCUAUAUGCAUGCAUGAAAUAGACUGAUAGACAAGUGUAAAGAGGUGUGACGGCUUACUGUGGUGAUUGUUGACCGUGAUGCAUGACUCUAGAUACACUCCAUCAACUCAGUAUAGAGGGCAGAUACAGUAGAGAAGAUAUUGAGGCUCUUGGACCAUGCAGUAGCUUCGGCGUUCCAUGUGGGGCGGCAGGUAGCUUUAGUGGUUAAGAGCGUUGUGCCAGUAACCAAAAGGUCGCUGGUUCUAAUCCCCGAGCCGACUAGGUGAAAAAUCUGUUGAUGUGCCCUUGAGCAAGGCACUUCAACCCUAAUUGCUCCUGUAAGUCGCUCUGGAUAAGAGCGUCUGCUAAAUGACUAAAAAUGUAAAUGUAAAUGUAGCUAGGCAGUGCAAAGAUGUUUGCUAGAGUUCGGGAUCGAUCUUACCCAUCCGGUAAGCUAAAAACAAUGACGUUGAAGAGUACAAGUAAGUAGUGUUCUUGCUUCAGUAAGACCACUACUGUUAUUCUGCAUAUCUAUUUUUUGAUGAUAAUUUUUUUUUCAUAUUUUCAUUAUUUUAUUAUCAAGUAAAAUGAAGUUUAUAAGAUAGACUAAUAACUUCUAACUUAAAGAUAUAUAAAUGGACUUCCUGUCUCUGUGUGUUUGUGUGUCUCCACAGCUGGAGUUGGAGAAGCAGAGGGGAGAGAGCCUGGGUGUAGUGAUAGUGGAGUCUGGCUGGGGCUCCAUCCUGCCCACGGUGAUCCUGGCUAACAUGUUGAACAGCGGCCCGGCUGCCCGCUCUGGGAAACUCAGCGUCGGGGACCAGAUCAUGUCCAUUAACAACACUAGCCUGGUGGGCCUACCGUUAGCUACCUGCCAGGGUAUCAUCAAGGUCUGGAGCAUACAGUCGACUCAGGCAGCAUCUAUGUUAUUCAAAAAACUGCUCUUUUAUCAGUCAUGAAGGAAAGGAGAUGGGGAGUUGAGGAAAGGAAGACAUUUUAGCGGUAUUGAGAUUGAGACACAGCCAUUAUAGGAAUCCAUUUUAGAGUAUUGUGAUUGAGACACAGCCAUUGUAGGAAGCCAUUUUAGAGUAUUGAGAUUGCGACACAGCCAUUCUAGGAAGCCAUUUUAGAGUAUUGAGAUUGAGACACAGCCAUUGUAGGAAGCCAUUUUAGAGUAUUGAGAUUGCGACACAGCCAUUCUAGGAAGCCAUUUUAGAGUAUUGAGAUUGAGACACAGCCAUUAUGGGAAGCCAUUUUAGAGUAUUGAGAUUGAGACACAGCCAUUGUAGAAAGCCAUUUUAGAGUAUUGAGAUUGCGACACAGCCAUUCUAGGAAGCCAUUUUAGAGUAUUGAGAUUGAGACACAGCCAUUAUGGGAAGCCAUUUUAGAGUAUUGAGAUUGAGACACAGCCAUUCUAGGAAGCCAUUUUAGAGUAUUGAGAUUGAGACACAGCCAUUCUAGGAAGCCAUUUUAGAGUAUUGAGAUUGAGACACAGCCAUUCUAGGAAGCCAUUUUAGAGUAUGAGAUUGAGACACAGCCAUUCUAGGAAGCCAUUUUAGUGUUGAGACAGGUGUCAUUUAUUGUGUUCCGGUUGUCCUUCCAGGGUCUGAAGAGCCAGGUCCAGGUGAAGCUGAGUAUCGUGUGUUGUCCUCCUGUAACCACCGUCCUCAUCAAGAGACCUGACCUCAAGUUCCAGCUGGGCUUCAGUGUUCAGAAUGGCAUCGUGAGUAGGAUUAUGAUACAGUUAUAAUGCAUUAUAAGAAUGUAUAAUUAAAAAAAUAUAUAUAUGUAUAUUUUAGCAGCUUUAAUAUUGCAGAUAGAUUAUAGCUUCCAUCAAUGUAAUUGUCUGCAUCAUUUCCAAUCCCCCAUAUAUUUAUUGGUAAAUAUAUAUAUUUAUAUAUAUAUAUACAUACAUACACAUACAUACAUAUACACAUAUAUAAAUAUACAUAUACACAUACAUAUACAUACAUACAAACAUACAGUGGGGCAAAAAAGUAUUUAGUCAGCCACUAUUUGUGCAAGUUCUCCCACUUAAAAAGAUGAGAGAGGCCUGUAAUUUUCAUCAUAGGUACACGUCAACUAUGAAAGACAAAUUGAGAAAAAAAAUUCCAGAAAAUCACAUUAUAGGAUUUUUUAUGAAUUUAUUUGCAAAUUAUGGUGGAAAAUAAGUAUUUGGUCACCUACAAACAAGCAAGAUUUCUGGCUCUCACAGACCUGUAACUUCUUCUUUAAGAGGCUCCUCUGUCCUCCACUCGUUACCUGUAUUAAUGGCAUCUGUUUGAACUUGUUAUCAGUAUAAAAGACACCUGUCCACAACCUCAAACAGUCACACUCCAAACUCCACUAUGGCCAAGACCAAAGAGCUGACAAAGGACACCAGAAACAAAAUUGUAGACCUGCACCAGGCUGGGAAGACUGAAUCUGCAAUAGGUAAGCAGCUUGGUUUGAAGAAAUCAACUGUGGGAGCAAUUAUUAGGAAAUGGAAGACAUACAAGACCACUGAUAAUCUCCCUCGAUCUGGGGCUCCACGCAAGAUCUCACCCCGUAGGGUCAAAAUGAUCACAAGAACGGUGAGCAAAAAUCCCAGAACCACACGGGGGGACCUAGUGAAUGACCUGCAGAGAGCUGGGACCAAAGUAACAAAGCCUACCAUCAGUAACACACUACGCCGCCAGGGACUCAAAUCCUGCAGUGCAAGACGUGUCCGCCUGCUUAAGCCAGUAAAUGUCCAGGCCUGUCUGAAGUUUGCUAGAGUGCAUUUGGAUGAUCCAGAAGAGGAUUGGGAGAAUGUCAUAUGGUCAGAUGAAACCAAAAUAUAACUUUUUGGUAAAAACUCAACUCGUCGUGUUUGGAGGACAAAGAAUGCUGAGUUGCAUCCAAAGAACACCAUACCUACUGUGAAGCAUGGGGGUGGAAACAUCAUGCUUUGGGGCUGUUUUUCUGCAAAGGGACCAGGACGACUGAUCCGUGUAAAGGAACGAAUGAAUGGGGCCAUGUAUCGUGAGAUUUUGAGUGAAAACCUCCUUCCAUCAGCAAGGGCAUUGAAGAUGAAACGUGGCUGGGUCUUUCAGCAUGACAAUGAUCCCAAACACACCGCCCGGGCAAUGAAGGAGUGGCUUCGUAAGAAGCAUUUCAAGGUCCUGGAGUGGCCUAGCCAGUCUCCUGAUCUCAACCCCAUAGAAAAUCUUUGGAGGGAGUUGAAAGUCUGUGUUGCCCAGCGACAGCCCCAAAACAUCACUGCUCUAGAGGAGAUCUGCAUGGAGGAAUGGGCCAAAAUACCAGCAACAGUGUGUGAAAACCUUGUGAAGACUUACAGAAAACGUUUGACCUGUGUCAUUGCCAACAAAGGGUAUAUAACAAAGUAUUGAGAAACUUUUGUUAUUGACCAAAUACUUAUUUUCCACCAUAAUUUGCAAAUAAAUUCAUUAAAAAUCCUACAAUGUGAUUUUCUGGAUUUUUUUUUCUCAUUUUGUCUGUCAUAGUUGACGUGUACCUAUGAUGAAAAUUACAGGCCUCUCUCAUCUUUUUAAGUGGGAGAACUUGCACAAUUGGUGGCUGACUAAAUACUUUUUUCCCCCACUGUACAUAUAAAUAUAUAUAUACUGUAUAUAUAUAUACAAUAUAUAUAUAUAUAUAUAUAUAUAUAUAUAUAUAUAUAUAUAUAUAUAUAUAUAUAUAUACACAUAUCUUUAAAAUAUAUAUUUUCCUUUAUUAUUUUCCCCUAACCCUACCACCCCUCCCCUAAUUGGAGUAAACUAAUGGACAACAACACUUAGGCUUCUACUUCCAGUUUAUACAUACUAUAUACAUUUUACGGACACAAUCUUUUUUACAAUAAUUACAUUUUGUUUGUUUUUAGUCCUGCCCUUCCUUUACCCUCAACCUCUCCCAUCUAUUUCUGAAGACCUUCCAGUUUGAUUUCUAUUUCCCAUAUAUGUUUAACUGUGCUGUUUCACAAAAGUUUUGAAAUACAUGUCCUUAAAUGAAACUGGUAUAUAUAUAUAUAUAUAUAUAUAUUUUUUUUUUUGUCACAAUUUUCUUUAACCAAUUUUGGUCUUUAAUGCAGUUCCUUACUUUUUCCGCCUUCCACUUUCCUCUUCCAUUUUUGCGGUAAUGCUGCAAUUAGUUGGUUGUAAUUUUGGAUAGAGCAAACAUUUCCAUAUAUUUUUGUUAGCUGCAUGUGUGACAUAACUCCACCAAUCCUAUUUAUGAUAUAAUUUACAAAGAUUAUACCUUUUUUAAAUGUUUUAUUGAAAAAUAAUGUUUUUUGAUCAAUUCGUACAUAACCACAAUAUUUGUUGUAUUAUUUGUUCUGCCCUUUCUGGUGGAUUAAACUGAAAUUGCAACCAACUUUAUAUGGCUUGUUUUAAAAAUAACUAUAUUUUGGAGAUCAUUUCGUUUUCAAAUAACUGAAAGUGAGAGGUUGGAAUCUGAAUAAAGGGAAAAAGUCCAUUCUUGAACAUGGGGUGAGAUAUUCUUACUAGUCUGCUAGAGAACCAGUUCGGAUUUAAGUAUAACUUUUGUAUUACUGACGCCUUUAGUGAGAGGUGUAAUGCUUUAAUAUUUAAUAAUUUCUGCCCUCCGAAUUCUUAUUCAUUAUAUAAAUAGGCCCUUUUCAUUUUAUCUGGCUUGCCAUUCCAAAUAAAAUUGAAUAUUUUUUCCUCAUAUAAUUUAAAAAACUGUUCUCUAGGCGUAGGCAAGACCAUAAGCAAAUAGGUAAACUGGGAUAAUACUAAAGAGUUAAUCAGGGUGAUUUUUCCACAAAUAGACAUGUAUUAUCCUUUCCAUGGUAGCAAGAUCUUAUAUAUUUUUGCAAACUUUCUAUUAAAAUGUAUUGGAGUGAGAUAAUUUCUUUCUUUCGGGAUAUGUAUACCGAGUAUGUCCACAUCCCCGUCAGACCAUUUUAUUGGUAAACUACACGGUAAUGUAAAUGUUUUAUUUUUUUGUGAUCCAAUACAUAAUAUAGUACAUUUAUCAUAAUUUGGUUGUAAUCCAGAGAGGUUAGAAAAUGUAUCUAGAUCCACUAUGAGGCUGUGGAGGGAUUAAAGUUGUGGAUUUAAAAGAAAACAUGAAUCAUCAGCGUACAAUGACACCUUUGUUUUUAAUCCCUGGAUUUCUAACCCCUUAAUAUUAUUGUUGGAUCUGAUUUUAACAGCUAACAUUUUGAUGGCAAUAAUAAAUAGAUAUGCCGAUAGUGGACAACCUUGUUUUACUCCUCUUGACAGUUUAAAAUUAUAUGAGAAGUAGCCAUUAUUUACUAUUUUACACCUAGGGUUACUAUACAUAACUUUAACCCAUUUUAUAAGAGAUUCUCCAAAAUUGAAAUAUUCCAGACAUUUAUGUAUAAACUCCAGUUAUACUUUAUCAAAGGCCUUUUCAAAGUCAGCUAUGAAUACCAGCAUACCUACACUGGUAUGCCAUCCAGCCCUGGAGUUUUCCUGGACUUAAAGGCUUUAAUUGCAUCAAGAGGUUCCUCCUCUGUAAUUUGGCCUUCACAUUAGUCUUUCUGUACAGCUGUUAAUUUUACAUUGUUAAUAGAAAGAAAAUCCAUACAAUUAGCUUCAUUUAGUGGAGAUGGAGGAGACUGAAAUGAAAACAUAUGCUUAAAAUACUUAACUUCCUCUUUCAAAAUAUCCUUUGGUGAAUCAUGGGUGACUCCGUCAUUUGUAAAAAGUUUCAGUAAAUUAUUUUUGGUAGCAUUUCUAUGUUGAAGAUAAAAAAAAAAAAGAAAAGGUGAAUUUUUCCCCAAAUUCCAUCCAGUUCGCUUUAUUUCUAAUAAUAUAUUACACUUGAUCUUUCUUGAAUAAGUUUCUCCAUUUAUUUUUGUUUUUCCUCUAAUUUAUUCUGAGCCUCUAUGUUACAGUUUUUAUUGCUACCUAUCUGUUCUGUUAGUCCUUCCAUUUCCUUUGUUAGUAUGGACUCUUUUGACCUAAAUUGCUUUCACUUUAGAGAUGAGUACUGAAUUGCAUGGCCUCUAAAGGCACAUUUAAAAGUGUCCCAUACAAUAAGGGGAUUUGCUGUACCUAUGUUAUGUCGGAAAAAGUCAGUUAUAAAGUAUUCUGUCCUAGUUAAAAACAUGUUUUCAUCCAAUAGGCUUUGAUUAAAUGUCCACUAUCCUCGCCCAUGUGGAAAUUCUGUAAGAGUGAUAUAUAUGCUAAUUAUGUGAUUGUCUGACCGCAUUCUGUCCCCUAUCAACACUUUUUAAACUUUUGGUGCCAGAGAGAAUGACAUAAGAAAGUAAUCAAGACGACUAGCUUGAUUGAGCCUCCGCCAUGUAUAUCUCACUAGAUCAGGAUAUUUAAGCCUCCAUAUACAGUGGGGAGAACAAGUAUUUGAUACACUGCCGAUUUUGCAGGUUUUCCUACUUACAAAGCAUGUAGAGGUCUGUAAUUUUUAUCAUAGGUACACUUCAACUGUGAGAGACGGGAUCUAAAACAAAAAUCCAGAAAAUAACAUUGUAUGAUUUUUAAGUAAUUAAUUUGCAUUUAAUUAAUCACCUUUCCUCCACAAACAACCAUAAACUCAGAUGCUCAACAGUUGUUCCAUCCCAGAGCCCAACUCAAGAAAGGACUUGAUUUACGAAUGCAUAUACUGUUUGAGAAGGCAUUCAAAAUUGAGCAAAAACUGGCAAAGAUGUGGAGAUUUGAUUAACCAUUGUCAAGUCCUAGGUGAUGGAGAUCAGCUACACCCCCAUUAUACGACUUGUCAUAACCUCCAAAUACUGUUAUUAUCAUCUCUCUCAUAAUGACCCUGAUAACAGCCAUCUGGAUUCAGAGAGUGGUUUUCUUUCUCUCUCCUCAGAUCUGCAGUCUGAUGCGUGGCGGUAUCGCAGAGCGAGGAGGGGUGCGAGUCGGCCACAGGAUCAUUGAGAUCAAUGGGCAGAGUGUUGUUGCCAUGCCGCAUGAGAAGAUAGUCCAGACCCUGUCUGUAUCAGUGGGAGAGGUGAGCAUCAGAUUCCAGUGGCAGUUAGCUACCGGGUUCAAGUAA